GCACAGAGAAGGAGAAAUAGUCCAACCAGGGCAGGUCGUGACUAAGAGCAAAGAUGCCAAAGAACUUCUUCUCGUUUGUCCGCUUGUUUGUGCUGUUGCUCGGCUUUGUAACUAUUUGCUUAGGAGCCUUUUGCAUCUCUUCAAGUGUCUCUGCGUGCAAAUGCAAGACUUUGCCGGUUGCGUACUUUCUCUUACCAUUGGGAUUCUUUCUUCUCAUUGCCGGGAUCUUCUGGAGCACUUAUCAUGAAGCCAGCAAGCACAAGAGCCUGUUCCACAGCAUUAUACAUGGGAGUCCGAGACUUCAAGAAAGUCACAUCAGUACCAUAGAUAGGCCUGACUUUUAUCCCCCAUCUUACGAAGACAGCACUGAUCUGGGAAAGCAGACUUUCUCACUGCCAGUCUGCCCACCGGAGCCAGAGAGGAAUGCUUAUAACAUACCUCCACCUUUGUACACAGAAAGCAGGUUUGAAUUCAUUGAGGAAACUGGUGUUCAGGAAGAGCGCCCACCUUCCUAUGAAGUAUCUGUGUGGCAACAAACCACAGGGGAUGACUCAACACUUGGAGAGGCUUCUCAUGCACCUCUGUCACAGACCAACUGCUAAGAAGAUGGGCUGUCAAAGGACUGGAGAAGAUAAGCCAUAUCUGCCUUUCUAGGACAUAGACAAUGUUUAGUCACCGUGUGCAAAGCAUUGGUGAUGAAGUGAAGAAAGGACAGUGCAGUUCCAUCACUGUGCACUGGAUACAAAUGAGGGAGCAUUCAGUCGCUGGCAAUAUGGCAUUCAGAAAGGCUGUGUCAGAAAUAAUGUGGUCUUUUCAACCAGGAAUAAACUUUAGUGUUGCUGGUAUUUGGAAUGAUGAGUUCAGCCCAGCAUUGCUGGCUGAUGGAUGGAAACAACGGGAUCUGCUUGAAGGUCUUAUGAUGGUUCUAUUCUGCCUCUGUUAAGCAAUGCCUGCAGCAACCAGCACUAUCUUCUAAAGAAGAAUAGCAGCAUGCAAGGCCAGAGGCAAAGAGUAAAUGAAGAAAUUUAAAGCAAGCGCUUCAUCUUAGUGAUGAACAUGGGAAAUAUAGACACAACAAAGCAAGAUCAGUUAUAUUAGCUUUCAUCAACUCAGUGUGAUUCACAUGUGUUUGACUUCAACUUCCAUAAUCUAUCGAACAUGCCCAGCCUUUUGGGAACUGAAGUUCAACACAUCAGAAGAGCACCAGACUGGAAAAGGUUAAGUUACGUUAUUGCAAAUAUUAUACUCUUGGCAUCCAUAAGGAAGAUGAAAGGCACUUUCCAAAGUUAAACCCUUAAGCUUAUUUAGUGUUCUGCAAGCUUUCCUCCGUACCAAGAGAUGAACUGGGGUCUAGCUGAGAUGACCAAAGACUAAGACUUGGUUUACCAGAGUCCUAUUCUACAGCUUGAGUAAACAAAAACUUUGAUUUAAACCCUUACUAUUUCACUGAAAUUGCAUUCAGAAUUGAACUUGAAUUUAAACUGCUUAUCUGAGUUGUAGUUUGGGCUUGCUUUGUUUUUUCCAUAUUUAAAUUAUUGUGGUACUAUUGUGCAGUAUCUGGGAUACAGGAAACAAAGUUACAAUGGCAUCCCCAGUCACACAAAAAUAUGAAGUCAAAGCAUUCUCUGGAUAAAAUAUACUGAUUAACUUGUUCUUAAUUCAGUAUUUAUUCUUUUAAAAAAGAGUAAUUAUAUCAAUAUUGCAAUUAACUAUAUUUCAUUAUGUACCCCUAUUUAAUCAACUUCACUGCCUCUCAUAUCUUUUGGAGGGGAGAGAUUCUCUUAGUACAAUACAGAUAACUAACUAAAGAAAUAGCCAACUAAAUUACGGAGGUUUAGACAGUUGCACUGUAAGAUAAUUAGCAUUGGGAUGUCUUCUAUACAUUGUAAUUUUAAAAAUACUUUUUGUGAAAUUUUAGGAUCAGCUUUUUUUGUUAUCUAUUAGCGUUACAGACUGAAAUCUAAUAAAUUACCUAAUAGUUGACAUUUGUUGGUUAGAAUAAUGUUUUUUUAUUGUGUCUGGGGAUAACCGGUUUACAUUAAUUGUAUAAUAUUGUAUUGCACUUUUUCUUGUAAUAAAGUUUUGUAAUGAAAUACA